AUGGACCCAGUAGAAACAGGAGGAAUUGCCAACAUUUGGGUAGGCAGCAACCAAAAGAGCAUCACAGUUGAUGGCCAGCAGACCAACAGUGUGGACAUACAUUCUGUGACCAACACAACUACAACCCCCAGAAACACACCUACGCUUCAGAACACAGCUCCCAUUGACGAAGAUAUUGUUACCUCUGAAGCCACAUUUGCCAUAAUAUCCAAAAGCAUCACCACAUCUCAGCCUAGCCCAAACACCAUACAUCAAAAUCACAUCGGGCCAGCCCUUGAGAAUGAUACUGCUACUGUCAGCUGUGAGGGGAGAGACACUUCGGGGGAAAGCCACAUUAGCAUCUCGAAAGCAGCUCGUAGCAAGUCAUCUUCUAGAGAUGCACCUAGAGUAGUCUCACAAUGUGGGUCCUCUUUCAAGUCCAAAGAUGCCCCAGGAAAUGCUAAUUCCACAGCUUCUGAAGAUGCAUUGAGCAAAGGGUGUGUUAUCGAGGUGAGCUGUGCUGUAAAUAAGGCUUCUGCAACUGAGGAGACCAGCACAGUUCUUGGAAAUAUCUCCACCACGGGUGACAAUUUCUACAAAGCUCCUAGAAAUACUGCUAUGGAUGAAAGCAACAGGGACACUGCUGUCGCAGUCACUCCUGGAAUCAGCUGUGCUCCGGCAAUUGCCCUAGGAGAUAUUUGCAACAGGAAGUCAGUUCCUGCUCCUGGAGAUAGCAAUAGCAUCACUUCUAGAGAAAAGGCUACUGAUAGCUCAUUCUUUAGAGAGGCCACUGUUUUUGGUGCCACUAUGGAUACCAAUGGUGCUCAAGUAACCUCAGGCCCUGAGGACUAUACCACUAAAGUGUGUGACAUCACCAGUUUCUGUGAUGAGCUAACCAGUGGCACCAACCCUGUUUCUGACCCUGGAGAGAUUUCAGCCACCACUUUUAAAGAAACGUCCUUCUCUAGCCCUGACAAUGCCGCGGUCUUCUCAGGGGGCUGCACUGCCAACCCUUUCAGUGCAGAGAAUUCAGUUGUCACUACAGCAUUUUCAGCUUGCUCCCAACCACCUUCAGCUGUUGUCUCUACAAACGCCAGCCUCGCUCUCGAUGGCAACAACACAACUGCUGGUCCUGGAGAUAGUCCUACCAAUGGAAAGAAAACAGGAUCUGUGUCUAGAGAAGCCAACGUUUCCUCUAGUACUGCUACAACAUCCAGAGACACCCACAAAGCCUCCACAGACGGCAGUUUUAACACUUCUGGGAAUAUAUCCACCCCUGUCCCUUUAGAGGUUGUCACAACAGACUCUGGAAACUCUGUCACCAUUCCUAGUGAGAAUGACACGUCCCUUGGGAGCAUCACGACCACUUGUUUAGACACUGCCACCAUUAACGAGCCUUUUUUCAUUCUUCCUGGAAAUGUGACCAAUGUUGUCGGCAUCAUAGACACUACAACUGGUAUGUUUAAAAACAUGGCCACAAUCCACGGAAAUAUACCGGCCACUAUUGUAGUAGAGACCAUCACCAUAGCCAACCCUUCUGAAGAAAUUGUCACUAUGCCGUCUUCUGGCAAUGUCAGGGAGACACCCAUUCCUAGAGAGACAGCUAGCACUGAGUCUGAAAAUUCAACCGCUACACCUAGCUCAAUUCAUGUCUGUGAGAUUGCUAAUGCCACUGGAUAUAUUGAUAGCAGGGAUUGUGGAGAUAACACAAUCAGGGAAGACAGCGUUGCAACUACUCCAGAAAAUGCCAACCAAACCGAAUUCUUAACUUCUUCUUCAAAGGGCGCCAAUAUCAGCUCCAGAGAGAACCUUGGCAUCUCUCUUAAAAAGACCUGUGGAGAUACCACUGCUAUUGCUCCUUUUGUUGAAAACACUCCCAUUCCUGUUGGUACUAAAACGACAGAAACUCCAGGAAACACACUCUCAAACAUGGUUGGGAACAUGGUCGCCAUGAACCCUGGAUCCACCGUUGUCUCUGGAGAUGCAGUUAGCACCACCUCUGACAAGGACACCACCUUUAGACACAAGGACAGUAGUGAUUGUCUUGGUGACAAUGCCACUCCUGGGAAUGACCACGCCACCAUGUGCACAGAGGAAAACUGUUUUCUUCAUGAUGAUGCUAUCACCACUGUCUCCAGCGAAACCUUUGUCGCAUCCCAAGAUGCCACCUUGAAUGUUCCUGGAUCUGUUACUAUCACCACUUUCUCUCAGGACACCACUGAGUGCUCUGCUGAAACAGAACUUGGGAAACCCUCAGAAACUAUAGCUGACAAAACCACUAUAGCUUCUGGUAACAUCACCACUCCUUGUGAGAAAACUGCCAGCACUGGUGUCAUUAUUCCUACAAAUAUUUCCAGGAGUGAACCUGCCAGAGAGGCCACUACUAGAAACACAACCACCACACUGGAUGACCAGUGUGCUCCUGCUCUUCAGAGCACCGGUGUGGCAACUCCUGAAGAAGUCACUGUCCCAAGGACUUCUAUAGCAUCUAGAGAGGCAGCUACAAUUCAUUUAGAGAAUGCCAGUGCCACUGUGACCACCUCUACUGCUUCUGAGGAUGCCUCUAUCACCUCUGCAGAUGCUGCUCCCUCCAUUGGAAAAAAUAUUAUAGACGUUGUUUCUGGAGAUGCCUCCACUUUAACCCACAGUGCAGCACAGGACAGAAAUCUGAAUGCCAGUACUAUUGCUGGUGACAGCAAAGCCCCUUCAGAUGCUACCAUGGCUGUUCCUGGGGUUGCCACACCAAACCCCGGGUCUGCUACUAACAAUUCUUUGCUCUCAACAGAAAUAGAAGAGGAUGCUGCAGAAGACACUACCACCAAGGACACACCUGGCUCUUUGCUAAUGAAUGCAACUAAGAGCAGAUACACCUCCACUGACACUUCAGAGGAGAUGUGCUAUGGAGACAGAGUUGAUUCUGUGAACAGUGAGACCACCACAAUCAGGGGGCAUAUGCCUACCCCUAGUUUAUCAUUCUCAGCUGGAACUAGUAUUCAAGAGGCCAACACAAGUCCAGGAGAUAGCACCCCUGCCUUUGGUUGCACCACCAAAAUUCCAGAGGGUGCACACGUUGUGGGGACAGUUAACUCUGUGCACGAUGAGAUGCUCCUCGCCCUUGAGCAGGCAUCCUGUAGGAAAACAACCAGCAGUGGACAUGUCAUUGCUGAAGCCACUGCACAAAGUGAGAGGAACCUAACAGAAAAUGCUGCUGGCUCCUCUGGAGACAACAAGAUAUGGAUUGAUACUCCCACAGUGGUAGGAACUAAGAAAGGGACACCAGGCUCCAGUGCAACUAGCAGAACUUUUAAAGUAUCUGAAGUCACUACUACUUUUGAAGAUGCCAGAUACACCGCUGCUACCAGUGUUUCUUCUGUAUUUGCUACUGGAGACAACAACACCAUUGCAACGUCUGUAGGCACCAACUUCAUUCCUACUACCAAAUUCAAGGAACCUACUGCUACCAAUGUCUCAGGAGAUGUUUCUCAAACCACCAUCCUUGGGAAAGAUACUAUCACCAUCACCACCACUACCAUGGGAGCCACAUCCACAGUUACUUCCCCUAGAGAUACUGUCAUGGCCACCCAGGCUUUCCCUGAAGACAUUACCACUGUUUCUAGAAACAGAUCUACUAACAUCCUUCAGGAUACCCCAAAACUGGGAGAAAUAGUUACUUCAGAGGAUACUGCUGCUGCUACUACUUCUCUCAGAGACAUCAGAAUCCAUUGUGAUGUCCUUUCUUGGGGGACAAGGUCUUCUGCAGACACCCACAUCCUUGAAGAAACCUCUGACCUAGCUAUUCCAAAAGAUGAUCUCAGCAGUGACCUUUCUAUAAUUACAACAAAUGUAACAACUAGUACCAGUAAUACCUUGAGUGAUACUGUUUCUACUCCUGAUAAUGCUACUUCUGAGUUCAAGAUCACUACUAGCUCUGAUGGAAUUCCAACUUCUAGGGAUGUUCCAGCCACCAUUGUAGGUGUCAGGAUCCAGGACCAGACCUCAAUCACUGCGGCUCCCACUGUUGUCCCUGAGAUAUGCUCCUUUGCUACAGGAGAAAAUGUCACCACCAUUGCACAAACUGUCACUGGAGAUGCCACCAUAGCUACUGUCCCACAAGGCACAGUCACCGGUAAUGUCACCAUCAUCAAUAAUCCUGAAAAUGUUGCCAAUAUAACAGUCAGCCCUAGAGGUACAGAUGACGAUGCUUCUAAUCCAUGGGACAGAACCACCUUGACCCUUGAAAAAGGAAAGACACCUUCCUUGGGCAAUGCAAUCAAUGUGACCACACCUCUAAGAGAAGCCAGUGCUCAUCCACACAGCUUCCCUCCUACAGAGGCAUUCAGCACUCCGGACAGCACCCUUUAUGGUGACACCACUGGUCGCCCAGGAGCAGUAUUCAUUCCAAGCCUGGACACUAUUUCCAUACCAGGAGAUACUUCUAAGAUACCUGAGACAUGCAUUGCCUUUGACAAUUCCAUCACUCCCACCCAACUGGUUGAUGGAACUGACCUGCCUGUUGCCACUGAAGACAAAUCUAGCCCUAGAGCCACUCCUAGCAUUACCACUUCUGAAGACCUGAGUAUCAUCACUGUUGCCCCUGAAGCUACCACAGUUCCUGGAUGGGCAAAUGCCAAUGAAUAUAGAGGGGCUAUUGCCACCCCUGUCCCUGAACAUAUCACCACCACAUCAGAUGUCAUUGUCCUUUCUUCUGGAGAUGGUACCACAGGCCUCUCUGGUAGCCAGGACAUAAUCACCACUGCCACACCCUCUGAAGAUAUCAUUGCCUCUAUCACUGGAGGUAAUAUUUCUUUCUCUGAAAGCAUCGCCACCUCUGAAGAGCCAGUUACUUCCAGGCAGAUCAGCAUGGCAGCUAUUCUUGAAGACACUGAGAUACAGAAAGAUACCUCUGGGGCAACAACCAGUUGCCUUGAAGAGACCCCUGUCACUGAGGUGCAUUCUGUCUCUGAAAUGACCCUUACUUGUAGAGAAGACACCAGCAUCACUCCUGAAACCACACUUACAGAAGAUUCCAUAUUGUUCCCUCUUGCUGCUGCCAUCACUCUAAGCAGUGGGACCAUCCUUUCCCAUAGCGAGACUACAUCUCUAGGGCAACCUACAGACCUAAGCCUGAGUACCAUCUCUUCAGCAGAUUCCAUCGCCAGGACUUUCACCAACCCAAGAGAGGAUGCCCAUAUUUUCUCCAGGGGAAUAUCUGUCCCUUUCUCUGGAGGCACUGGGAAAGAGACUUCCACUAUUGAGACCACUCUUGGAAUUGCUGAGGCUCAUACUUCUAAAGCUACUCCUCCUCCUGAGGAGAGUCUCGUCCCUGGUGACACCAGUGCUUCUGAAGAUACCAGUACCAGGGCAGCCACAUUUGACACUGGAAAGUCCUCCACAUCCGACGCUAACAGUGUAUUGGAAAUACACUCCAGUUCAGAAGCAGCAGCAGCUACCACUCCCAUCAGCAGUGCAUCUUUCCCUGGGAUUAUUGACUCCACACCUUGUGACAGUGAUAGACCUGAUGAGACACUUACUUCUGGGAAAGUCACCACCAUUGAGGUCCAUGGUAAGGUACCCAGUUCCAGAGCUACCACCUCUCCUAGGGAGGCUUUAGUAUUUCAAGACAAUGCUACCAGUGCUUCAGGAUGUCCAAACACCCCUGAAAAUAUCAGAAAUGCACCGGAAAACCCAAUAGAUACAGUUCUUGAAGUCAGCAUUCUUGUUUCUGGAAGCAACAAUACUGCUCUAGAUGAUCUUGUGACCACCACGCCAGACAAGUCCAAUGACACCCACACUAGAGAGUCUGCUACCAUCGAAGGGGCCCAGGUUAUCAGUUACAGAAAAAGACCCACUCGCAAACUGAGAGAAGCUGAUACUAGCACACCUACAGGCAUUACAAUGGUCCUAGGAGGGUCUUCCACCAUCCCUCCAGCAGAAGCAACCACUGUCACAUCUGGAAAGAGCAUGGGCAACAGUUCGGAGAGCCCUAUGUCCACAGAACAGAACAGUGCUACUGUCUCUAGGGACCCCUCAGCUGCCCCAGAAUUGGUCCUCAAUGCCAACAUCGGAAAGACUAAUAUUGCUAUAACUGGAAAGACCACAGAUUCCACCACUAGAUCCAUGGAUCCAGGUGUGUCUCUAGCUAUUAGUCCAGGAGAGGUGCCUGAUGCUGCCACAUUUGGAGAAAAUGUUGACACCACUGCAGAAACUCACGGACACGACUUGGCUCCCCUGGAAGUGUCUCUUAUUGACACCCCAAGAGAAGUUGCCAAACCUGGAAAUGCCACUGAAGCCACCCAAAGGGAGAUACCCACAGCCAUAUGUGAAACCACCACAGUUAUUCACAGGAAAAUAUCGCCCGCAGUCCCCAGGAAGACCCCCACCACUGCCACCUCUGAAGCAUUCCCUUCCACCGCUCUUGGUGAGAUUGCACCCACUAUCUCUGAAGGUGAUGCCAUGGACUCUAAAGGGAGCCCUUCUGCUGCCCCUACAGAGAACACUCCCAUUGCUGCCCCUACCUGCAAAACGGCUCCUGUGGUUGCCCCCAGAGGGGUUACCUCUGCUUCCCAAGGAAAAUCCAGUGUUGUCAAGCCAGCAGUGGCCCUUCCACCAUAUUGGUCCACACUGCUCAUCGGCAUGCUGGUCAUCCUGGUAUUGGCUGUCGGAUUUUGCAUGGUCAUCUAUUAUGCAACGUUCUUCAUCCUGGCCAGCUACUCAACAUUGUAA